UCCCACACGCGGGAUAUAAAACACGGGGCGGGGAGGGCAGGGCCCCAGACUCCGUGCGAGGCAUUCCUGGGCGCAGACACGUCCCGGCGUUGGAUCCGAAGCUCCUCGGCGGAACGAGAAACGUAUACGGACAGACCGACCCGAUCGGAUCCAAGAAGGAUGGGAAGCAGAUGCUGCAGGAAGAAAAAGGACAGCCAGGAGCUGACCAACGUGGAGCGGGCCAUCGAGAUCGUCAUCAACAACUUCCAUUGCUACGCCGUGAAGGGACGCAAGGAGUGCCUGACCCCCAACGAGCUCAAGGAGCUGGUGGCCCAGAGGCUGCCCCACUUUGCUAAGGGCGCUGGGAAUUUGGACGAGAAGAUCGAGUGCCUCGGGGACAACGACGAGGCCAAGCUCCAGUUUGGGGAAUACUGGCACAUCAUGGGGGACGCGGCGAGGGGGUACCGGUUCCCCCAGGGCAAGAAGUAAGGGCCAGACCGGAACCGCAAGCCUUCGGACCGUGGAGACCCAAAGAACUAGAGACUGUCCACCAUACGUCCAUCCAGUGUUAGAAAGGGGGGUUCUCCCCUACCUCCCUGUUUUCUCUGGUUCUGGAGUGUUCCAGUCUAGAGCCAAUCUCCAUUCGUCCUGUCGAGAACCUUCCCAUAUCUGGUUCUGGCCCUUCUGGGUCCCUAACCCAAUCUAGAACACUGUGGUGACGGCCUCCCAUAAUUGUGGCAUUCUGGGUUCUAGGCUACUCAAUAGACAUGUCCAAAAAAAUCGUCUUCAAUCGUAUAUCGGAAUUAUUUCGGAUUGUUCUCGCUUUUCGAUACGAAUUCCGAGACAUUUUCUCACAGCGCAACCAGCAAUGUAAUUCGAACCAUUGUUGGCCCAUUUUCUAAUUGUCUCUUAAUGUUUCGUUAAUUCCCCCCCGAGAAACAAGAAUUGAAACAUUUUUUUCAUCGAUCGGACAUGCCUACUACUCAAGUCUAGAACCUCCCAGUGGGUUGGUGUUUUGGUUCCAGAACAACAAUGCAUGUUUCUAGAACCCACAUUUGUUUUCUCUAUUACAUUUUUUUGUAACCCCGGUUCUCGAUUCAUUAUAACUUGGAGGCCUCCAGGUCUAGAUUCUCUCCAAUAUGCCCUCUUUCUCUCUCUCUCUCUUUUUUUAUCUCGUUCUGGUACCUGGAGGCAUCAGGCUCUGGGGAUGUUAAUGCUUAUGUAUAUUUAAUGUGAAUCAUAAACAUUGAUCAAAAGCGUUGA